CGUGAGCCCAGCACAGGUGUCCUGAGAGCACUGUUGGUGUUGCAGUAGGGUCCAGCCCUGCCAGCAGAAGCCCAUCUGCACACAGCAAUGGCCUUCCCUCAGAGAGCUGAGGGGAGCAAGAGGAAAGGCUGUGCCAUGUCCUCUCCUGUGGCAGUCCUUGGGCAUGCGGAAGAGAAGCACGAGAGCGGUGCCCAUUUCCCACAGCGUGGCCACAAGCAAGCCCACAGGAAUGAGCCAGGAGCACAUCCCCUGCCUGCACGGGAUGCACCAGCCCUUGAUGGGAGGCUUCUGCUGCGCUCACGUGGUUCUGCCCCGGAAACCCUUGGGCUUCUCAUCCCGGCACUGACAGAAGCCUUCCUAUGGCAAAGCACAUGAGCCGGGAAAUGAAAAGGCAGCAGUGCCGGAAACCGGGACACGGCCCCUGCCAUUACCUGGGAGGGUUUGCAUUUGCCAUGGGCUUGCCAGGAAAUUCCUGCUGCCACAGAGGUGCCUGUGGGCCUGAGGCACUGCAGGACGACUAUAAAAGGCAGCCCAGGUCUGUGCUCCUCAUCCACUUCUCUGGCCUCCUUCUCCUGGCAAUCAGGUGAAGCUCCAGCAUCCAGACAUGUCCUGCUGCAACCCGUGCGUGCCCUGCCAGCCCUGCGGCCCGACCCCGCUGGCCAACAGCUGCAAUGAGUGCUGUGUCAGGCAGUGCCAGAGCUCCACCGUCGCCAUCCAGCCCUCCGCCGUGGUGGUGACCCUGCCCGGCCCCAUCCUCAGCUCCUUCCCUCAGAACACCGUUGUGGGCUCCUCCACCUCCGCCGCCGUUGGCAGCAUCCUCAGCUGUGAGGGAGUGCCCAUCAACUCCGGGGGCUUCGACCUCUCCUGCAUCACCAACCGCUACUGCGGCACCAGGUGCAGACCCUGCUAAAGCUGCUGGCUGCGUCCUCAGGCAGGAACAUCCACGACCUCACACCAUGGAUCUGCACAGGAGAUAGAGCUUCGCGGCGCUGUUUCCUUCUCCCACUGUCCUCUCCAUUCCUUUCCUGUCUCCACCUCCCGCACCAGCCCCGUGGGGACCUCUUGGCCUCCCUCCCUCCCUCCCUCCCUCCCAGUGAGGGACAGGCAGACGGACACCCUGCAGGAGCUGCACCGCCUCUUGGUGGCUGCCCCUGGUGCUCCCUGGGAGCCACCUCCUUUUCUUCUUUACCCUCAUUAAAGUUGUGCUGCAUCCAA